GAUGGUUUAACAGUUGAUAGCAAGAAGCAACCGAGUAGUAGAGUCACUCUUCUAUUUCUCAGAUGCAUCGUAACUAUCUCCAGCCAAAGGAAAGUCCCGCGCUUUCUACAUAGGGAUUCUGCAAUUUCAACAUCUUCAGAUUUUCCUCUUGUAUUCUUCCUUUUUUUGGACUACAUACUAUAAUAGUAUAUAUAUAUACUAUAUACAUAACAUCUCUCUUCUACAGUCUAUCUAUCUGACUCGAUUCUUUUCAUUCUCUUCUUUUAUCGUUUUCUCGCCGUAGAUCUCUUCUGUCUCUCUCCUCAAAUUAUUUUUAUUUUAUUUUUUAUAUUUUAUUUUAUAUAUUUUUUCACCUAUCUCACCCAAACUUUAGUUGAUCUUCAGAUCUGUUUGGGGAUUGGUUUCGACCUUCAGAUGCUUCGACUCUGAAUUUUGACCAGGUCGCGAUCACUGCGGGAGAGGCCAUGGGCCAGUGCUACGGUAAGACCAUUCCCACUGGCGAUAACGACGGAACCACUAUCACCACCGCCGCCAGUGCCGCUGCCGAUCGACCACCGUCCACCCCAGCACGCUCCUCGGCUAACAACGGCUCUGUUAGGUCAGUCAAAAACACACCAGCUCGAUCUUCGGCAACCAGUCCAUGGCCCAGUCCCUACCCUCAUGGCGCUGCUAGUCCGCUUCCGGUCGGAGUGUCUCCGUCUCCGGCCAGAUCCACGCCGCGAAAAUUCUUCAAGCGCCCGUUCCCACCUCCUUCGCCGGCCAAGCACAUCAAGGCUUCUUUGGCUAGGCGGUUUGGCCAGGCGAAGCCCCGGGAGGGCCCAAUUCCCGAGGACGGUGCUACAGAGUCUGAUCAUUCCCUUGAUAAGAACUUCGGUUACAAUAAGAAUUUCGGUGCCAAGUAUGAAUUGGGGAAGGAGGUAGGCCGGGGGCAUUUUGGUCAUACGUGCUAUGCCAAGGGCAGAAAGGGAGACCUCAGAGAUCAACCUGUUGCUGUGAAGAUCAUCUCCAAAUCCAAGAUGACAACCGCGAUAUCAAUCGAAGACGUUCGUAGAGAAGUGAAAAUAUUGAAGGCUUUAUCAGGGCAUAAGCAUCUGGUCAAAUUUUACGAUGCUUGUGAGGAUACCAAUAACGUUUACAUAGUCAUGGAAUUGUGUGAAGGUGGAGAACUACUUGACAGAAUAUUGUCAAGAGGUGGAAGAUACACAGAAGAUGAUGCUAAACUUAUUGUUGUGCAAAUUUUAAGUGUGGUUGCAUUUUGUCAUCUUCAAGGAGUUGUGCACCGUGACUUAAAGCCUGAGAAUUUCCUUUUCACCUCUAGAAAUGAAGAUGCUGAUAUGAAACUUAUUGAUUUUGGUCUUUCGGACUUUAUCAGACCAGAUGAAAGACUUAAUGAUAUUGUUGGAAGUGCAUACUAUGUGGCACCAGAAGUCCUCCAUAGAUGUUACAGUCUGGAAGCAGAUAUUUGGAGCAUAGGUGUUAUCACCUAUAUUUUGUUAUGUGGAAGUAGACCAUUCUGGGCAAGAACAGAAUCUGGUAUUUUUCGUGCGGUUCUAAGAGCUGACCCGAACUUUGAUGAUUUACCUUGGCCUUCUGUGUCAUUAGAAGCAAAGGACUUCGUUAAAAGGCUUUUGAACAAGGAUUACAGGAAAAGGAUGACUGCUGCUCAAGCUCUGAUGCACCCAUGGCUGCGGAGUGAAAACCAACCUAUCCCUUUAGAUAUAUUGGUUUAUAAGUUAGUAAAGUCAUACCUUCAUGCUACUCCUUUCAAACGUGCAGCAUUAAAGGCUCUCUCAAAAGCUUUAACAGAGGAUGAGUUGGUUUAUCUUAGAGCUCAGUUUAUGCUUUUGGAACCUAACAAAGAUGGACGUGUCUCGCUUGAUAAUUUCAAAAUGGCUCUUGUGCGAAAUGCAACUGAUGCAAUGAAGGAGUCAAGGAUUCCUGAUAUUCUCAAUGUGAUGGCGCCACUGUCCUAUCGGAAGAUGGACUUUGAAGAGUUCUGUGCAGCUGCAAUCAGCACAUAUCAACUGGAGGCUCUUGAAAGAUGGGAGCAGAUUGCAUCUACAGCAUUUGAGCUUUUUGAACAGGAGGGUAACAGAGUGAUCUCAGUGGAGGAAUUGGCUCGGGAACUGAACGUGGGCCCAACAGCUCAUUCAAUACUCAAAGAUUGGAUCCGAAGCUCUGAUGGAAAGCUCAGUUUACUUGGGUAUACCAAAUUUUUGCAUGGCGUGACCAUUCGCAGCUCACAUACAAGACAAUAGUAGGUUCUUUUUAUCGAUUGAUGAAAUGGUGCAUGACCAUUCGGUUUAAAAAUUCAUGACAUUUAAAGGACUUUAAGGAUUUCGUUUUUUUCUUUUUUCCAUCAGAGUGGGGAAAAAAAAUGUGUACAAAUGAAAAGUAGCAGUUGAGUCAGUUGGGAUUAGGCAUAUUUAAAAUUAAUUAAUUUUUUUUUUUCUCCAUGCUUAUACUCUUUGCAGAUUGUAAAUCUGUUUUGGGUUGAGCUCAUGGUCCAAAAUUAUAUAUAGAAAGUAUUCAAAAAUUUUAAUUUCA